AUGUCCAGCAAUACCAAUGCCAAUAUGGGGCCUGCCAACGAUAGUAAUCCAUGGAAAAACACUGGGAGGGCAUUGUUACCCGAGAAUAGAUGGUGUAUGGCGGUUCCGCGGUCUGCAGAGGCGUAUAAGACGGAUGGAGUACUCGAAGAGGAUGCGGAGCCUGUGACAAAUGUUACGAGAGGAGCAACAGGCGCUAACAGAAGCCGCUCAGGCAAGAAGCAAAGCUGGCGGCGGUGUAUUAGUGCUUACAAGGUAGAGGAUGAUGCUCGCACCGGUGGGGACGACGACGUGGAGACGCUGGAACCAUGA